CAACAACAACAAUAUCAACAACAGCUAAAACAACAACAAUGUCUAGAACAACAAUUACAACAACAGAAAUAUCAACAACAGUUACAACAACAACAAUGUCUAGAACAAUGUAUACAACAAUGUCUACAACAAUGUCGACAACCACAAUAUGAACAACAAAUAUUACUAGAGCAACCACAAUAUCAACAACCAAUAUUAAUAGAGCAACCACAAUAUCAACAGCCAAUAAUAAUAGAGCAACCACAAUAUCAACCACAACCAUAUCAACAACAAUCUGCUGUUACUGUUCGUCGUCCAGGAAAAAUAGGUGUAGUAAAUAAAUAUUAUGUUACUGAAAAACUUGUUCAUUAUAAAAAAAUGCCUGAUCGUCUUGUACCUGUAUUAGUUAAUGAUCGAGCUCAAUCAACUGAUAAUAUUCAUCAUCGGUCACCAUCGACAACUCGUACGAUUGAAGAAUCUUUUCAUUCAGAAAAUCGAACACACCGUUCACAAAAUCAAUUACAACGUUCACAAUCUCAACCACGUAUUCAUUAUCAACCUACAUCAUCAACAUUUACACCUAAUGUUCGAACACAAUUAUCAUCAGCAUAUUCACCUUUAUCACGACAUCAAUCAGUUCAUGAAUUACAUGCUACAUCAACAUUGUCUCGUGCACCAUCACCAUCACUUUCACUUCAUAGUUUACAUAGUAAUCAUCAAUCUCAACAUCAUCGACGACCAGUUGCAUUUAAUAAUCGUUAUCAAGUACGAAAUCCAACACAACAACGACAAGUGCAGCAACAACAACAUCAAGAUGGAUUAUUAACAGAAAUAAUUGAUAGUGGAACAGGUGAAAGAAUUUUAACGGUCAGUCAAGAACAAUUACCAACAGAAGUACGAGGUCUUUUAAAUAAAUAUAAUUUACAAUAA